GGCUCCAGUGCCAUACGGACGCGUGAGUUGCGCGCGCGCAGAUUGCACUGUUGUAUAACGAGAGACUGUCGCCAGUGUUGUGAUUUGUGUUUUUUUUUAAAGUGAUUGUGAAACAUUGUUAUUUACUGUGAAUCAGAAUUAUGAGCUGAAAAAUGGCUGUACUAACAACGGUAUCAGCGGCCACCAAAGCUGCUCUAACUAUAGGCGGGAUAAGUAAACUGACAUUUAUCCCUGCCAUGUUGGCAGCGCUGGCAUACUUUCACUACGACGUAUUCGACCCCGAAAGCCGACCGUUCAACCAAAAAUACCUUCGAGAGGAAUACGACUUCAUCAUUGUAGGAGGAGGAUCAGCUGGAUCUGUUUUAGCAAACAGAUUGAGCGAAAUUGAGGGGUGGAAUGUGUUAUUGUUGGAAGCAGGUGGACAUGAAACCGACAUUAGCGACGUACCCUUGCUCUCUUUGUAUCUACAUAAAAGCAAAUUGGACUGGAAAUACCGGACUGAGCCCCAAGACUCCGCUUGCCAAGCCAUGGUUGACAAGCGUUGUAGCUGGACAAAAGGCAAGGUACUUGGAGGUUCCUCGGUACUCAAUACAAUGCUUUAUAUUCGCGGUAACAAACGGGAUUUCGAUCAUUGGGAAUCUUUAGGUAAUCCUGGAUGGAGCUACAAAGAUGUAUUGCCUUAUUUCAAAAAAUCUCAGGAUCAACGGAAUCCGUACUUGGCUAAGGAUAAAAAAAUUCAUGCAACAGGUGGUUAUCUGACAGUGCAAGACGCCCCAUAUAACACGCCAAUUGGAGCUGCAUUUUUACAAGCUGGUGAAGAAAUGGGUUAUGACAUCAUAGACGUAAACGGAGAUCAACAAACUGGUUUCGGUUGGUUUCAAUUUACUAUGCGGAGAGGAACUCGUUGUUCCGCAGCAAAAGCUUUUCUCAGACCUGUAAGACUACGCCAAAACCUUCAUGUUUCCUUAUUUUCACACGUCACUAAAGUUUUGAUAGAUAGAAACAAUAAAAGAGCAUAUGGCGUUGAAUUUAUAAGGGAUACCACUAAGCAAGUUAUAUAUGCCAAACGAGAGGUUAUCUUGGCUGCUGGUGCCAUUGCGUCUCCUCAAUUACUCAUGCUCUCUGGCGUUGGUCCAGCAAAACAUUUAGAAGAAGUUGGAAUUGAAGUGGUCUACGAUUCGCCUGGAGUAGGUAGAAAUUUGCAAGAUCACAUUGCUGUUGGUGGAAUAGUUUUCCAAAUUGACUACCCCAUAAGUUUAGUUAUGAACAGACUUGUUAACAUUAAUUCUGCUUUGCGCUAUGCUGUGACAGAAGACGGACCAUUAACUUCAAGUAUCGGUUUAGAAGUGGUAGCUUUCAUAAACACGAAGUAUGCGAAUUCAACUGACGACUGGCCAGAUAUAGAGUUUAUGAUGACGUCAGCAUCCAUUCCGUCCGAUGGUGGCACCCAAGUAAAAAGAGCUCAUAGUAUCACGGACGAAUUUUACGACCAAGUAUUUGGACAUUUAACAAACAAAGAUGUUUUCGGUAUAUUUCCUAUGAUGCUUCGACCAAAAAGUCGUGGAUUUAUCAAGUUAAGAUCGAAAAAUCCUUUAGACUAUCCUAUUAUGAUUCAUAACUAUUUAACACACCCUGAUGACAUCGGAGUUUUAAGAGAGGGUGUUAAAGCAGCUGUCGCUACGGCAGAGACUAAGGCUAUGAAGCGUUUGGGCGCUAGAUAUAACAGCAAUCCCGUGCCAAAUUGCAAACACCUACCGCUUUAUACUGAUGAAUAUUGGGACUGUUACAUAAGGCAGUAUACCAUGACAAUUUAUCACCUUUCCUGUACUGCAAAGAUGGGACCAACAAGUGAUCCGAUGGCUGUGGUAGAUCCACAGCUGCGAGUGUAUGGAAUAGAGGGACUCCGCGUUAUAGACGCUAGUAUUAUGCCCACUGUCUCGAAUGGCAAUAUCAAUGCCCCUGUAAUAAUGAUAGCUGAGAAAGGCAGCGACAUGAUAAAAGAAACCUGGCUGCCACAGAAUCCAAAGAGGAAGCGGAGGUCGUUAAAAUGUUCAAAUUUUGAACGGAUUUUGAAAAGAGGUCGCUUGAGUCCUCAGUGUGAUAUCGAAAGAUGAUAUUGGUGUUGGUUAGCUAGUUAUUUUAAUAAAGCCAUGUACAAAACGACAAUAAUAGACUAUGUAAUGUUAAGAAUCAUCAGA